GUUUUCUAGUCGUCAACGGCAAUAGACGGCGGCGUUCUCUCUGGAAAGGCGAAAGUGCGAGUAGGAAGAAGUAAAAGACGAAGAGGAAGAAGAAGAAGAAGAAGAAGAAGAAGAAGAAGAAGGAGACGAAGAAGACGAAGAAGACGAAGAAGAAAAGUCGUCGAAAGUCGGCGAGGACGAAGGAGAAUGCUCGUCGUCGGCCGAGGUCGAAACGAUCGCCGUGAGCGAUAGUCGUUGCGAGUAGAGACGCGAGAAGGAUGGCCGAUCGUGACGAAGAGGAGGGAGAGGAGGAAGGGGAGAAGGAGGAGAACAAGAUGGUGAUGAGGAGGCACGAGAGGAAGGAGAGGAAAGAGAAAAAGGAGCCAAAGGAGACCGACGAGUUUACCGACGAGAAUCUCAGGAUAUUCGAGACUCUUUGCAUCUCGUCCCCUCGCAAGUUGGACACAGGGGAUGCGAUGACUCACGACUUGACGACGACAUUGAGGAGCGAGUUGGCAGCUCUCGAAUACAAGCGAGACAGGCUGAUGUUCGAGCUGCAGGAGAUGAAGAACACCGUCAGAUCAAGGGACCAAAGGGUCGUAGAACUUCAGGUGGAAGCCGAUCAGUUAAGAGAACAAGCUGCCAGACAGAAUUCUAUCGUUUCCAGUCUCAAGAAACGCAUACAGGAAUUAGAAGAGCGAGAGAGAAAUCUUUACGCGAAUCAAGGAAGGAACGAGAUCACGAUACAAGGUCUACAACGAGAUGUCAAGUAUCACGAAGAAAAGGUCAGGGAAUGCGAGAAGAAGAUUCGACAGCUUGAACAUAAUUUAUCCGAGGAGAUACAAUUAAAAGAACGAGCGAGAUUAAAUCUUCAGGAUUUUGUGCGGCGACUGGCACAUGCACUGAACGUCGAGUACUGUGAAACUGCGCACCAUAGUCCGGAAGUCGUUAUCCACAAAGCGGAAGAAUUGGUGCAAGAAGUGAAUCGGUUGCGGAACAGGGGCACUACAAUCGAAACACAACUUAGCGGUAUCGAGAAUGAUUUUCGAAGUUGCAGAGACUCGCUAGAUCGCAUUACCACAGAAAAAGAACAACUCCAGAGGCAAGUGUCUACACAACUGGUCGAUUUGGAACGCUUACGGCAGGAGAAAGAAUGUCUAGAAAUGCAACAUAGAGUAGCCGAAAGAGAGAUGAACGAUCUGAGAGAUAAAUUGGUGAACGCGAACAGAAGUAUAACGAGUGCUACAGGAAACAUAUCUAAUCAGGAAGCGCUGAUCUGCCAAUUACGAGACGAUUUGAAGAAUCGCGAGGAAAAGGAACAACGUUUGCAAACGGAACUAAGACAUUUGUUGGAAUCUUUAGCGAUUCUUUUGAGUACACCGAGUAGAUUCGUGGAGUCUCACGAAAAUGCGAUAAAGGAUCGGAUUAGAGAGAUCCUUGCAGAGAGCAAAGAUCAAGCAUUGAAAAUUCAAAACCUACGAGAGAAAGUGAACGCUGCCACGGAAUCUGCCAAUCGUCAAAGCGAAAUGCUUGAAACGAGUAUGAUGAAGAUGCGACAUUUGGAAGAGGAACGAUCGAGUCUCGAAGCGAAGAUACACAAAUUGGAGGCCGAAUUGACCAGCUGUGAACUCACCAAAGAGUCCUUGCGUAGGGACAAACAAACGUUCACGACGUUUCUCGAACGACUAGGAAAAGCUAUGCAAAUGGAGGAAAUUUCGGAGGACAUAGGGAUCGAACUACAAACUGAAUCCUUGCUUGUACGGGCCGAACAACUCGCCAGAUUAGAAACGGACAAAUUAGUGGACAAGACGUCUGUGGUUUAUCAAUUGCAACGACGCGUGAGAACUCUGCGGGAGCAAUUGCAAAGGCGAGAUCUUCACUUAGAUCUCCUGCGUAGAAAACUGUCUCUUCAGGAGGACAGCGUGAGAAUAAAGACGUUGUUGCAGAGCGAAAGGGACGAGGCGAAUCUCCGUGCGAAAAAGUUAACGAAGCAGGUCGAACGAUUGCAAUCACAAUUCUCGGAAGAAAAAUCGCGAAAUCGAGAGUUGAGUGCUCAAUUAACAGAAGCCGCUGAUUACAAGAUAGCGGCGUUAGAAAGGAGUAGGAAGAUAGAAGAGCUCCAGAAACGUCUCGUAGAAAGCGAGAUGUUGAGAACGCGUUAUACCAGAAAGCUGUCCAUGUUGAAAGAGCAAAUGAGAACGACGUCUGAGACGGCUGAGCAAGAAAGAUCUAUCAACGAUCAUUCUUUGCAGCUUCUUAGAGAUGAGUUGGCGCAAGUGAAGCAAAAUCUCACAGAGGUUACUAGAAGAGAAUCUCAGUUGCAGAGCUUCCGCGUCUCCAUAGUGAAAUUAUUGUCAGAGCCAAUCUGCACUCCCGAUUACGAGAUCAUUACGCGACUGCAGAAAAUGGUGGCAGCCCAUCGUGACUUCACCAUGCUCUCCCGUAGAUACGACGAACCGCUGGAAGCGAGUCCCUCAAGGUGCACAAGCAUUCAUCCGAUUCACUCGGUUCAUCCACCAAGGUCACCUGGCUCUCGAUGUACGCGUUACGAAGACAGCGGAUUUGCAGAUCCACCAGAUUUGCACGACAUCGAGGAGGAUUUUAACAAGAGACCCGUAAGGAGCAGCCUACUUCCGUGACGUCGGCCAAGAUUCAACGUUUGAACGGUUGUUCGCUUGAAUCAACGACGACAGCGUCUGAUCGCCGAUCUCCGUUUCUUAUUAGAUUUAUAUGCGGACGAAACGAUGCGUAAAGCGAACCGUUUACUUCGUCUAAACGGACGACUUCUACGGUCGCUUUCCUACAACUUGAAAGAACAUUUUUCUUGCACAUGAACAAAGUUACUCUACCACAUUCAUUGAAACGGUUCAUCUUUCGUGAUAACAAAUACCCAAUACGUUAGGAUAAAGUGUAAGUCAAAGAUCCAAUCUAAAAACAUAAAGUUGUAAAUUUUAACAAAUGAAAAUAAUUAAACGUUCAUAUAUGUAUAUUAUUGUAUAUUUGUGGACAAAUGAUCAAAUCUAUGGCUGAUCAAUCUAUGGUGAUGAUGAUGAUGAUGAUGAUGAUGAUGAUGAUGAUGGUUAUUAUUGUUAUUAUUAUCAUUAUUCUCAUUAUUAUUAGAAAUAAUUUUGUAAACAAAAUUUUUAUAUGA